AUGGGCACCCAGAGCAGCAACGCAUAUGAACCAAAAACAGUGCUCGUUCCGUGGAAUCCCACAGACGAGGCGCAUUUCCAGCGCAUGUACGACCAGCGAGUCGCGUGCGGAUGGCGGCACGACGAGGUCAAGACGUGGAAGGACAAGGUUCUUGCAGGAAAGAAGUUUCUUUACUGGGUGGUUUUAGCAGACGGCUUUAAAGAACGAAAUGAGUCCGUGGAAAAGCAUCUUAGGAGAUAUCCCAACGAAUCAGGAGAGUUACAUGACACGGCAGAAUCCAUCUUCAACACCCCUCGAGAGGCGACAUACAUGCCAUUCCUGCCCGUAGGCCAUAUAGCUCUAGAACUCUUCCCUGAUCGGAACGAGAGCCUGGGUCUGCCGUCUUCGACUAUCUGGAUCAUGUCUCUUUAUAUCUCAUGGGCCCUGCAAGGCACAGGACUCGGCCGCAGCGCCAUGCUCGAAACCGAGCGACUAGCCACCUUGCCUCCGUUCAACCGCAGCGUCGUCGCACUCGAUACUGUCCAGAGCGACUUUCAGCUCGCUGGGACAGAUUUUGGGAAGAUGCCUCGGUCUGAGUCUCAGUCCGAGUCACAGCCUGAGUCCCAGCGUGCGGGAGAUGCGGGCCAUGUCUCCCAAUCGACAGUGGCAGAGACGAAAACAAAAAUGACGACAGAAGAGUGGUAUCGACGGCAAGGAUACGCCGUGGUGGGCACCGAGACGGGCGGAUAUCAUUGGACGAACCCAAAGACAGGAGAAAUAAUUCCUGUGACGAUUGUUUUUAUGAUGAAGAGCAUACUGUAG